CUAUUUUCCUCUUCCUCUCUAAUGGGCAUUCUUAAAUUGAGGGUUUGCUGGGUCUGCUUUCUAUUUGGUCUUCAUAUGAAUCCGGUUGUGUUCUGUUCCUAUGUUUGGUACUAUGCUUGAUUGCUUUUCCCCUUUGUGUUCACACCCCUCUCACUUUCUUUGUUAUUCGAUGAUUUGUUUACUUGCUUUUAGCCUUUUCUCUAUCGUUUUGUUAGUUUGCUAAUUUUGCUGAGGGAUUGGUGGGGUUUCUUUCUGUUUGUUUGGUUUUGAAGUCCCUUCCAUUGCGGAAAUUUGGGCUUUUCACUCAAUCAGCUUGUUCGUAAGUAUGCUGAAUAAAAAGUUGGGGAGUUCUUUGGCAUUCUAUGUUAAUAUGUGUAAAUUUUAUCUAACUUUAGAGUUUCGUCCAAACGAACAGACAAACUAGAUAGCCCAACGUAUAUCUUAUAAUUUGGUGUUAUAGAUGAGCUCUGGGAGUUCUAUUUUUUUUUCCUACAGCUAUUUUUAGUCUUGAGUAAAGACAUAAGGAUGACCAAGAAACUUGGAAAAGUCUCAUGUACUAUUCUAUGGAGUGCGUUGUGAGAUUUCUCUAUGAAUGUUGAAUCUGAAGCUUUCAUUUUCUGCCCUGUUUUUCACCAUUCUAUUCAUAAGUUUUAUGAGAUAUCUCUGAUACUUGAUUGGGUAGUUCUUGAUUGUUUCGAGAUUGUCUCACUUUGGGGUUGGGUCUUCAUAUCAUGGGGUUUGGUAGCAAGUGUUGGUUAAUUUAGGAAUGCACUUUUGUUCAAAACCUUGAAUGACAGUUGAAGAUUUUUCUGUAUGUCUGUUUUUGUUUUGAAUCAGACAGGAUUUUUUGAAUUGUAUCUAUGGUCUUAUAUAGGUUUCUUAUGCUUUCUCUUUUUCUCUCCCUUGCGUAGUUUGUAUUUUUUGAGCAUUAGACUUGGUUAAUAAAUAAACUCUAUGGUCUUACAUGGGCAAGGUUUUAGAGAUUUGAACCAAGAAGGGAGAAGAGAUGAAAGAAGAAAAAGGCAGUAGCAGUCCAUUGCCAAAGUUCGGUGAAUGGGAUGUCAAUGAUCCAGCAUCCGCCGAGGGAUUCACAGUAAUCUUUACUAAAGCCAGGAAUGAGAAAAAGACUGGUGGCAUGCCUGACUCUCCAGCAAAGGAUGAAACAGCAUUCAAGAAUGGUUCUGUUCUUGGAAAGUCUCAACCUAAAAAAUGGUUUUGCUGCUUGCAAGCUGCGGAAUCGUGAAGGUUUUGGGUUCGAUAAAGGGGGUUCAGCAGAAUUGUAUAAUCUGAAAAUUCUGAACAACACGAGUGAAGCUGUAUUUAAAACCUGUGAUGGAUAACGCUGGACUCCAUUUGUUAGAACUUUUGUCAAUAAUUUGGGGGUCUGGUUGGGGAUGAGGAUGAUUAAAUCUAAUCUAUCAUUGUCUUGUUAUGUUGUUCAUUCUGCAUAAAUGACAAUUGUUGAAGAUUGUUGUAUUCAUCAUCAUCCCUCCUCCCCGCUACUUGUGAAAUGAUGUUGUUUGUCGACACUUUCUUGUAUGAAUGAUUUCAAAUGUCUAUCUUUUCUAUGUA